AUGCGGCGAGCUGCGGCGUGGGUGGCGGCAUUAGCAUAUGGUGAAGUUGAAACUGUUGAGAUUGAGUAUGCAAACUGCAGCACGGAAAUCGUAAGAGGUUUUGAAACUGGUGACGGAAUGACGCAGUUGGACCUUAGUAAUAAGGACAUCGUUUACGUUCAGAGUCUACCGUCUGUUAUUCAUGUUAAUCUCACAAACAACAACAUAUCUCAAUUAGAAAAUGUUGUUCUUCCAACGACAGUUCAAACGGUUGAUUUAUCUGAGAAUACGUUUACAGCUUUUCAAAAUUUCUCGUUUCCGAAAAAUCUUUCGAAGCUUAACGUAUCUAAUGGAAAACUGACGAGCUUAUACAAAUUCACCUUCUCGGAUACAAUUACGACACUCACUAUGCUUCGUAAUCCAAUCGCAUUCAUUAGUGGCGUCGUUUUUCCUCGCUCUUUGAAAAUGCUUUCGAUUACGUCAACCGUUAAGCUGACGGAAUUUGAAGUACGGCAAACCGACGCAAUCUUGUUUGAAAGUCUUGAGACAUUUAACGUUUCAAAGACGACUAGCUUGGUAUGCUCUGAUAGCGAAGCACUGUUUCGAUACGUGCAGGACACAUUGUUAUGUGUGCUUCCAGACAAUGUGUUUGACGCGAAGUUUGGAAUUAAAGGGGACUGCAAUACUAGCGACUUAAAUAGAAUCCCUCCGUCUUCAUCCGUUCCGGAACUAAUGGAAGCUGAUAGCCCACGUCGUUCAAACUUUUUACUUUUCGCAGCAAUUUCGCUGUCAAUAGCUUGUGCUGGACUUAUGAGCACACUCGCGCCACGCACGCUGUACGAACGCUAUCGCAAGAAGAAAAACAAAAACAUCUUAAACCGAAAAUCUCAAAUAAAGCAGCAACAACAACAGGUGCAAUCUCUUUCUACAAAUCAAACGCAAGACCAAGGCGUAGCAUAUUGGGACCUUUAA